AUGCCACUCCCAACAAACAUCCUCGUCCUCGGCCUGGGCGAGCUUGGAACCGCCAUUUUGAACUCCCUCUCAACUAGAGCUCCUCACACUACAAAACUAACAGUCACCCUCCGGCCUCAAACCAUUUCAAGCCCCUCCGCUUCCAAGAAAGCCGAGAUCGAAAGUCUCCGCGCCCAGGGAAUAUCGAUACUCGCCGCGGAUAUAAGCACACUCUCACUCACCUCACUCACUGAGCUCUUCAAGCCUUUCGACUUGAUCAUCUCCGCCCUAGGCUUCGCCUCCGGCCCCGGUUCACAAGUAAAAAUUACACGUGCGGUCCUAGACGCCAAAGUACCCUGGUAUAUUCCAUGGCAGUUCGGCGUGGACUAUGAUAUUGUGGGUAGGGGGAGCGCGCAGCCUGUGUGGGAUGAGCAAUUGGAUGUGAGGGAUUUGAUUCGUGAUCCUGGGCAGAAGGAUACCGAAUGGACUAUUAUUAGUACGGGGAUGUUUACGAGUUUCCUUUUUGAGGAGAGUUUUGGUGUUGUGCUAUCUGAUGAUGGGGAGGUUCUUGUGAGAGCUCUGGGGGGCGAAGAGAAUAGAGUUACUGUCACAAGCCCCGGGGAUAUUGGGAGGGCUGUUGCGGAGGUUGUGUUUGAUGGUGAUGAAAGGAGGUAUAGAAAUCAGGUUGUCUAUACGGCGGGGGAUACGAUUAGCUAUGGGCGCUUGGCUAAGACUUUGGAAGAGGUUACCGGGAGGACGGUUAGAAGAGAGCCGAGGAGCGUGGAGGUGCUGAGGGAGGAGUUGGAGGAAAAUCCUGAGGAUGUGCUUAGGAGGUAUAGGGUUGUGUUUGCUGAGGGGAAGGGCGUGAGUUGGGACAAGGAAAGGAGUUUUAAUGUCCAGAGGGGAAUGGAGAUGCAGGAUGCCAGGGGGUGGUUAAAAGAGAAUUUGGAGAAAAAGGGGCUUGGGGGAAAAUAG